AUGGCUGUGCAAAUCGUCUCGGACCUGCACCUGGAAACGCCCAAGGCCUACGACAUCUUCGAGAUCGAGCCCAAGGCUCCCGUUCUGGCACUGCUCGGCGACAUAGGCAACAUCGUCCUGCACAAGGAAGAUUGCCUCGCCUUCCUCACAAGACAGCUUGCCAGGUUUCGCGCUGUUCUGUUCGUGCCGGGGAACCACGAGGCGUACCACUCAGACUGGCCGAGGACGCUGGACACGCUUCGCGCCUUUGAGCAACAAGUCCAGAGCGACGAUGCCAUCGGGGAGUUUGUCCUGUUGGAUCGCGCGACGUAUCGUCUCCCAGGAACAGAUGUUGUUAUUCUCGGGUGCAGUCUAUUCUCGUUUGUCCCGCGGGCGAGCGAAAUGGCAGUCGGCCUCGGCAUCAACGACUACUUUCAGACGUACGACUGGGACGUCGACGCCCAAAACGAGGCACACGCCCGCGACUUGGCUUGGCUGAACGGCCAGGUCGCCGAGCUGGAGCAGACGGGCAGCAAGAUCAUGAUAUUUACGCACUGGAGCCCGACGCGACAUGCAAACGCGACCGAUCCGAGACACGCUGGCAGCGCGAUUACGAGCGGCUUCGCCACGGACCUUUCCGGCGAGAACUGCUUUGCGAGUGACAGUGUUCGGCUCUGGGCGUUUGGCCAUACGCAUUACAAUUGCGACUUUACUCUGAGCCGCGAGGGGGGUGCGACGCCGCUGCGGCUGCUGGCCAACCAGAGGGGAUAUAGCUUUUCACAGUCGGAAGGCUUUGACGCAGAAAAGACUGUGACGAUUUAG